AGUAGCGUUUUUAACAGACGUCUUUUCCUGGUGAAGUUCUCCCUUAGAGAGAGAAUGACUCUUGCUUCCUCUUUGAGGAACUCCUAUCAGUUUCUUCAUCUCACAAAGAAUGUCUCGGAAUCUAAGACAGGAAGCCCACCCAGGCUGUUUGGUAGAGAGGCACUCCACCUUCUGCUGAUCCUCUUACACGGAAAAUAGAUGGGAACCCCUUGAUAAAGGUGCCCAGGCAGUCAACGGCAGCACACGGGCUUUCGUCCCUUUCUGAAGUGUCUGGUUAAAAAACGAAAACAAGCCUUUGUGAAUGACUCUGGUUUUGGCCACGGUCCCUCCUCUGUGAGGUGCCGCCCUUCAUAAAGCACAGAUAAACUGCUGGAGACACAGAUUUAUUAUCCCCAGUGGGAACACAACUGGCGCCCUGCACAAGACCUGCCAACUAAAAGCUACGGUCCCUUCCUAUGCAUUUCAUCUUCUCAGAUGAGGCUGUGCUUCUGUUUGAUUUCUGGAGAGUCCACAGUCCUACAGGCAUGGCCCUCUCAGUGCUGGUUGUCUUGCUCCUGGCUGUACUGUAUGAAGGCACCAAGGUUGCCAAAGCCAAGUUGCUGCACAAGACUCUGGAGAACCUGCCUAAUACGACUAGCCAGCAGCUCAUCCUGGAAUCAGACCAGGACUCUACAGGCUCCAGAUCAACUCCAGCCGAUGGCCACCGCCUCAGGUGGUUUUUGUGUUACUUUGGCCAGUCCCUAGUCCAUGUCAUUCAGGUGGUCCUUGGCUACUUUGUGAUGCUGGCUAUAAUGUCCUACAACACCUGGAUUUUCCUCGGUGCGAUCGUGGGCUUGGGUGUGGGCUAUUACCUAGCCUACCCACUUCUCAGCAUAACUUAGUGGGCCAGGAGGUGCUGAGCGCUGGAGAGAGCUGGGGCUGCUGCUCCAGGCAUUGUACUUCCAGCUCCUGUUUCUUAUGAUGGCCAUUGCUCACCUCUUUCCCAGUUCCUGGCAGCAUUGAGCUGCAGCCAGCAAAUGGUUCCUGGAGCUUAGAGGCCAUUGGAGCUACCUCCCCUCCCAACCUGGACUACAAAGGGCCCAGGCCUCCUGUGGUGCCUUAAGCAAGUGGCUGUGACCAAAGGGAACAUGGAGAGACUGGAACCUGGAGGCAGAGUAGCCAGGCUGUGAUCAUAGAUCUCAGACUGCAAAUUAAAAUUUUCCAAAGAGCUUCAGUGAGGAAGGCCAUGGAACCUGGAUACCCUCUUCUGCUUUGUGCCUUAAUGCCAGGGGCAUCUCCAGUCUUGGGGGAUGGACCAUGCCAGCACCUUUUUGCCUUGGAACACAUAAAGACUGCCACUGACAAAACAAGUUUUCACUUUGAACUCCUGAUUGGCAAUUUUGCACAUCCACACAAAACAAAGUUCCUAAUGAACUCACUGUGUUCAUGAUGGCAGCAGUGCCUGCAGCAGGUCAGUCUUGUGACCAGGGCCUUCCCCGGUCCUCUUGUCUGCAUCACAGAGAACAGCAUUUCCUAACAGAGCUGGCUGCCUCUUCUUACUUGCUGCUAAUGCCUAAUGACCUGGUAGGGAGCCAUGAGUCAGUCACUGAAGUCCUGAUUCAGCAGGGAUGUGUUGGGGGAAGGGUGCUGACUGAGGUGCAAUAAGCAGUCAAACCAAAACCAGGUCAUGUUAAGAGUUAAGUGAACUCCAGGUAUUUGAGCCUUUUCACUUUACAGAAAAAAGUUAAGAGACAGGAAUGGGGAUACAUACCUGUAAUCCCCAGGAGGCUGAGCCUGGAGAUCCUGGGCUUGAGGGCAGCCUGGUCUACAUAGAGGUCCAGGCUAGCCUGGGAUGCAUGGUGAAACAUACACACAUACACACACGGCAGUCACUACUUCAUGUCUAGUGUCUAUAUUCAAGUACCUUAUUGACUCAAUGGAAAGAUGGUUUUAAGCUUUGGGAAUUAUAAACAAAUACACUUUAAUAAAUUUCUAUUUUGAACAGUC